AUGCCCUAUGCCAGAGCAUCUGAUCCCUGGUGCGCAUUUCAAUUUCAAUGGUGUUUUGUCGAAGCCAAUAGACUAAUUUGUUGCUGUGGACUAGAUGCAUCUGAAAACUUUGUCGGUAACUUUACAUUCCACCACUUCAACAUGAUACUUUGUGGGGUGUGUACUGGAGUCACUUGUUUGAUUAUCUUUACGACUAUGGCUCGACAUGCCACGCAUUUAAGCGAUCCAAAUCAACAGCUAAAAAUCAUGAGAAUCGCCACGUUGUUCCCAUUGUAUACGAUCUACUCAUUUCUUUCGGUGUGCUUUCCUAACGCAUAUGUCUAUCUGGUUGGAUGGACAAAGGUUUUCCAAGGAGUUGCCCUCUAUUGGUUUCUCAUGUUGCUUUGCGAUUUUUUUGUUCCCAAUGACUCACACAGAGCUGAAUUCUUUGCAUCCACGAGGGUGCUCAAGCGGUAUAGCAAAACCAACACAACAGAUGGACUAUCACGCUUAAAGUCGACCUGGCUCUUUGUUUUACAAUAUCCCAUUGUCACAUUUAUUCUUGCGAUUGUUCAAAGCAUUACGCAAGCACAGGGAAUGUUCUGCCUCAAGGGGAAGGAGGCUUAUUUUGCUCACUUAUGGCUUACCGCUAUUGCGGUGAUAUCACUUGCCUUUGCAAUGGUCAAUAUCCUCCGGUUUCACGGCAAUCUCCAAUCCCACAUGAAACAACACAAGCCUAUGAUAAAGCUCUUGGCAUUCAAGAUGAUUGUCGGUCUUGAGUUCUUAGAACAGAUAAUAUUCAUGAUUCUUGACUCCACUGGCGCCCUUGAGCCCUCUUCAACCAUGAGCUAUGCAGACACCAUUAUCGGCUUGCCCACGAUGAUUAUUUGUCUACAAGUGGUUCCGUUCGCAUUCUUAUUCUACUACGCCUACUCCAUCAAGCCAUACACAACAACAGGUUUCAAUGAUGCUAGCAACCUGCAGUAUCUUUUUGCCAUUGAAAGCGAGAGCGGCACUCCCCGCGCAAAGUUCUAUCAGGGUGGUACCUUGGGGAUUCAUGCUUGGCUCGCGUUGUUCAACCCAAUGGAGCUUUUCCGAGACAUCAAGUCGACAUACAACAUGUUUCAGGGACAUGGAAUGGAAAAGGUAGAUAGCUCAAUGGGCGUAGACUUUCAGGUGUAG